UUAUUCCAAGCUUUAAAUUCGCUUCAAGUUCAACGAAGAGUUAUUUUGUCUGGCACGCCAAUUCAGAAUGAUCUUUCAGAAUAUUUUUCCUUGUUGAAUUUUGCCAACCCUAAUCUUCUUGGAACACCUAGUGAAUUUCGUAGAAAUUAUGAAAAUCCUAUUUUACGCGGGCGUGACGCUGAUGCUUCUGAAAAGGAGAGAGAAACUAGUGACCAAAAGCUGUCUGAAUUAUUGGAAGUUGUAAGCAAGUUUAUAAUUAGGAGAAAUAACGAUCUUUUGUCAAAAUAUUUGCCCGUGAAAUACGAGCACGUUGUAUUUUGUCGUUUGAGCGAAUUUCAAGUGUCAUUAUACAAUUUGUUCCUUACUUCCCCAGAAAUUCAAAGUCUUCUUCGUGGCGCAUCGUCUCAACCACUCAAGGCAAUUACUAUGCUUAAGAAAUUAUGCAACCAUCCGGACUUGCUUGAUCUCACUAAAGAACUUAGAGGGUCCCAAAAAUGCUUUCCUCCAGGGUAUUCAAUAAAAGACAAAUCAAGAACGGUCAAACCAGAGUUUUCAGGAAAAAUGCUUGUUUUGGAUAGAAUGUUAGCAAAGAUUAAAAAUGAGACAAAGGACAAAAUUGUCCUGAUUUCGAACUAUACGCAAACUUUAGACGUGUUUGAACGAUUGUGCAGAACUAGAAAAUAUGGCUGCUUGCGUCUUGACGGUACGAUGCCAAUAAAAAAGCGUCAGACCCUUGUAACUAGGUUCAACGACCCACACAGUUCAGAAUUUGUUUUUCUACUAAGUAGUAAAGCCGGUGGAUGUGGAUUGAACCUUAUCGGCGCAAAUCGGCUUGUUUUGUUUGAUCCAGAUUGGAAUCCUGCAUCAGAUCAGCAAGCGUUGGCUAGAGUCUGGAGAGAUGGUCAAAAGAAAAAUUGUUUCAUAUAUCGAUUUAUUUCGACGGGAUCUAUUGAAGAGAAAAUCUUUCAACGUCAAUCGCAUAAACAAUCUCUUUCUUCAUGUGUUGUGGAUGAAGAUGCUGACGUUGAAAGACACUAUACAUUUGAGUCCUUAAAACGUCUUUUCCUUUUCAAUCCGGAUACUAUGUGUGAUACACAUGAUACUUUCAAGUGUCUUAGAUGCGUAAAAGGUAUUCAACGGAUAUCUCGACCACAAGGAGAAACAAUGAAUUAUAGUGAUACAAGCUCGUGGGAUCACUUUACUGGUGGAAAUGAUAUGAAUAAGAUCCAUGAUAAUAUCCUAAAGGCUGAGGCAAAUCAAGGCGUUGUUUCAUACGUGUUUCAAUAUAUUUCUCACUAA